AUGAAAGGUUUACUCCGAGAGAUGGGUUUCGGGCGGGCGCCCCACAACCCUGACGACGAUGUCUUUCAGCUCAACGUGAUGGACAGGGCGGGGGCCAUCAGUAACAUGAUGGGCUGGACUAUGCUUAGGUUCGACCAAGUCCUGGACCCGGUGAAGCUGCGAGAGUCGCUCGUCAGCGUCAUAAAGACGGGAGACUGGAGGAAGCUCGGCGGCAGGUUUCGCAGGAAUUCCAAAGGUCACUUGGAGAUCCAUGUACCCAAGGAGUUCACCGAACAACGACCGGCCCUGGGUUUCUCACACGCAGUCCAUACCUGCCGUGUUCAAGAUCAUGAGCUAGGCCGUCAGCUGCCAACAUAUGAGCCGGAAGAGAUCUGCUUGGCGCCAUCGCCCACUUUAUUCCACGAAUUUGCACAGCCGGAAGGAGUGCCCCAGACUCUGAACGACUAUCUGUGUUCAGAUCUCCCCCAGCUGUGGCUUCAUAUUGUGUCCUUUGAGGACGCUACAUUGACAUGUUUGACAUGGCCGCACGCAACUAUGGAUGGUGGCGGGCUGGCAGAGCUGUUGAUGGCAUGGGCAUACACGCUCGCAGGCCUUCCAAAGGAGGUACCGCCCUGCCUGUCGUUGAAGUACGACCUCCUCGACGACCUCGUCUCGGAUGCCCCUGACAGAAUCGUGAUUAAAGAUGAGAGGUAUUUCAACGCAGAUAAGGUAGUAUCAUUCGCACUCAUGCGAAUCAUGUGGUUGGUGAUGCUGGUCUUGCGCGUGUUCUUCGCCCCAAAGAAGGAGGUACGCAAUAUCUGGGUGCCGAAGCGUGUCAUGGAUAAGAUCCGAAUGGAAGCCUUGGCAGGGCUGGAGGCGGCGAACGAGGGGGGUGAACUGGGCUUCAGCGAGGGGUUGACCUCCACCCCUAGCUCAGCUGCAUCCAGCAAGAAGGGCAAGGAAUAUUCCAGCAAUGCACUUUUCCCCGGCGGUAUCGUCCCGGAUCGAGCAUCGGGCCGGGCCUUCAUUAGCGAGAGCGACGCUUUGAUUGCCUUCUUCACAAGAGCAUCAUCAAGAACGCUACCCGCCAAAUCUCGCCGCACCGUCAAUAUCUCCAUCAUUCUCAACAUCCGUGACCGCCUCCCAUCUUUAACUGCACGACUACCAAAGCCCGGCGUCUUCGUCUCCAACCUCGCCAUGUCUAUCCAAGCUUUGCUUCCAGCCCAGGCCGUGAUUCCCAAGGAGCACAAGGGCCCCGCCGCAGAGAUGAAUUUCUCAUCCCUUGGUUUGACGGCGGCAUCGGUCAGGUCGAGCCUUCACGCUGGCCUCACAGAGCCGCAGCUCCGCGCCCUCGCCAAAGUGCAGUUGAAAGCAUACAAGUCGCGCCUGAUUGGUUUCCCCAUCCUCGGAGGCAUUGACUCCUUCCAGGUCCUCUUCAGCAGUCUGAAAGUGGGACCACUUUUCGAGAUGAACGUGUUCGCGCCGGCCAUCAUCAAGAAAGAGGAGGAGAAGCCGCCGGUCGACAAGGGCAAGGUUGUCGAGGCGGUGGCCGAUGCAGCAUCUCAAAUCGCAGACAAAACAACCGGUAGUGCUGGUCAGGAGGGCGCGACCGUGGCGGCUGCGGGUAGCUCUGGUGAAAUGAACGAGAAGACCGAAGAGGUCACUCCAGCUCCCAGCCAAGAGACAAAGACCGAAGUGUCCAAGGAGACGCGCAAGAAGCUUCCCAAAGGUUGCACUCCGGUCGGCAUUUUGGUCAUUCCCAAGAACUCAUCUUUUAUGCUUGCCAAGAUGCAGCUGUUCAUAUUUGCACGAGGAGCAAACGGUGCCUGGGUUCAGGGUACACUGCUGCCUCACGACUGGAAGCUUGUAGAGGAAGAAUUGAAGGAGAUUGACAGGCGGAGCUGCCUGCCAAUUUCGGCGCAGUCUUUUGCACCGUCUUGCAACGCUCACCAAAUCCAAUGCCAUUCGAUAUUGAUACUAUCACACAACAUGACCAUGGAUAAAGAUGUUGAAGUGGUUGAUUUCAAUCACCCAUUUACUCCAUACGAUGUGCAGCUUGACUUCAUGAAAACCGUCUAUGGUGUUCUCCAGCGUGGUGACGGUCAAGUGGGCAUAUUGGAAAGCCCAACAGGAACGGGAAAAUCUCUAUCGCUUAUUUGCGCAUGUCUCACAUGGCUCCGGCACUACAAACAGAAACGUUUCGAAGUUUCAUUGGAGAACACAACCAGGAACGUCACAAACGAGCCAGAUUGGGUCGUGGAGCAGGCUCUGAAUAGAAAAAGGGACGAGCUGGCGAAGCGCUGGCAAGAAAGAGAGGAGCGUCUCAAACAGAUCCGAGAAAAAGAGCAACGUGACGAGAAACGUGCGGCCAAACGGCGCCGCCUGCUUGAGGAGGACCGACAUGUCCGUUCUAGAGGUCAAGCACCCGAUGAAGAAGAGGAUGAGUUUCUACUCGACUGGGAAGGCGGAAAUGGAGGAGCGUCCGGUUUGGACGAUGCAUCGGGUGGACUCAGCAAAGAGACCAGAGAGCUCCUUGAGAAGGUUGGGCUAGGGUUUUCAAAACAGGACACCAGGUCGGAUGAUGAUAUUGAAGAAGACGUCAAGAUCUUCUACACUUCGAGGACGCAUUCUCAACUUACUCAAUUCAUCUCUGAGCUGCGACGUCCCAGUUUUCCCUCCUCAUUUCCCGGAGCAGAAGAAUCUUUGUCGUCAAAAACCGGGACCGAAACUCGCGAAUGCGUCAAGCAUGUACCGUUAUCGUCACGCCAGAAACUAUGCAUAAAUCCAGCAGUCGCACGCCUAGGCAGCGUAUCCGCCAUCAAUGACCGCUGCACUGAGCUACAGAAGAGCAAAGCAAAAUCAGAAGGCAAAAGAUGCCCCUAUGUUCCCAACCAAGAAAACCUGAGCGAAACUCACCAGUUCAGGGACGCAGCCCUAGCAACCAUUCCAGACAUAGAAGAUGCACAUAAGCUGGGCAAAUCGUUACAGGUCUGUCCUUAUUAUGCAACGCGGACAGCAAUCCCAGGCGCUGAAAUUAUAACUCUGCCAUAUCCUCUCCUAUUGCAAAAGAGUGCGAGAGAUGCGCUCGGAAUCGACCUCCAGGGCAGCAUAGUUGUGGUGGACGAGGCGCACAAUAUCAUGGAUGCAAUUGCAGGUGUGCAUUCGGCCGAGAUACGACUGGAAGAUCUGCGGAGAGGUCGCGAGAUGCUUUCGAUCUACGCAAAGCGCUUUGGCAAGAAGCUCAAGGCUGAAAACAGGAUUAUGGUUGGCCAGGUUGCUCGCGUGAUUCAGGGACUUUCUGAAUGGCUGGAGCGGGCGUUGGAGCAGUCGGUUGAGCAUGGCAUCAUUGACCCAAGGGUGCUACUCAAAACCAAGGGAAUGGACCAGAUUGACAUGUUUGCGUUGAUCAGCUACAUCCAAGAAUCGAAACUUGCCUACAAGAUCGAAAGCUACGCAGCACAUGUAGAUGAACUCAAAGAGGCAUCCACCGGCCAAAAGAAGACGAUUCGCACUUCUCCUGUCCUUCACAACCUCAGCAGUUUCCUUCUGGCUCUAACCAACCUGAGCACCGAAGGUCGCAUCUUUUUCGAAAAGGUAGCGGCAGACGGCAGUUCAAAGCAGCACGAUAUCAAACUAUCCUACAUGCUCCUCUCACCGACACACGCCUUCUCUUCCAUUGCUUCGAGUGCUCGAGCAGUAAUCCUAGCCGGCGGUACCAUGUCGCCUUUCCAAGACUACGAGACACACCUUUUCCCUACGCAUCCUCAAGACAAAAUUACAGAGCUCAGCUGCGGUCACGUAAUCCCUUCGUCAAAUCUCUGCGUCUGGACCCUGGCGAGCAUGCGACCUGUUACUACAACCGGUAACGCGGAUCUUUUCGAGUUUAGCUUCCAGAAACGGCGGGACAAGACCAUGAUUCAGCAGCUUGGUACUGCGAUUCUCAAUAUCUGCUCCGCUGUUCCUGAUGGUGUCGUUGUCUUCUUCCCUAGCUAUGGCUAUCUCGAUGAGGUCGUUGCUGCUCUGCAGCAGAAGCCUGCCACGGCGGGAACGGCAGCCACUUCGUCUAUUUGGGACAGGUUGCAGUCCAGGAAAGCUGUCUUCCGGGAGACAAAAGGUGGCUCAAGCGACCAGGUUCUAGAGGACUAUAGCAAUGCAAUACUCGAUGAAAAGGAUGUAGAAGGCAAACAGAGAUCUCCCAGCCAAAACGGAGCUUUGCUUCUCAGUGUCGUCGGCGGCAAGAUGUCUGAGGGAAUCAACUUUUCCGACCGACUGGGUCGAUGCGUCGUCAUUGUCGGCCUUCCAUACCCCAAUGUAGCCUCACCCGAGUGGAAGGCACGGAUGGAGUACAUUGAAAGCUCGACGGUAGCCAGGCUUAUGGACAAGCAGAACGCGACUCUGGCGGGUGAUAUAUCGGCCGGAGACAACAUUCCCAGAGCGACCGUCACCAAGCCAUCAUCUACCCUGACUCGGGAGCAGGCAGUCGCAGCGGGCAAGCAGGCGGCGCGCGACUUUUACGAAAACGCAUGCAUGCGUGCCGUCAACCAGAGCAUCGGCCGCGCAAUCCGACAUCGUGGAGACUAUGCGGCCAUCGUGCUACUGGAUAGACGCUUCGGCACCGAGCGCAUACGGGCCAAACUCCCUGGAUGGAUCAGUGGUGCUAUGGCGCCAGCUGGCAGUAAUGAAAAGACGGGCCUUCCGGGGUUGAUGGGCGCGCUCAACAAAUUUUUCAGGGAGAAGAAGGCUGACGGUGCAGGUCAAUAACGAUAAAUGUCUGUAUCGACCAAGUGUGGUUUGUCACUGGAGUUUCGGCAGCCAUAUUAUUUUGGCAC